CCCAAGCCAACCACCACUGAGGCUGCCCCUGCUCCCUCUGCCACUGCUACCACCGGUGGCUACAUGGACAUCGUCUCUGAGUGGCGCGCCAAGAUGGGCAUGAAGCCUCUCGAGUGCGACUCCAAGCUCGAGUCCAACGCCAUGAACGUUGUCGUUGAGGGCAACGGUGUCAUGAAGCACAAGCUCAACCCUGGAACUUACGGCCAGGUCCUCGCCCCCGGCAAGCCCGACAUGGAGUCCUUCCUCUCCGUCUUCGUCGGUGGCUGGCUCUGCGAGAUCCCCACUCUCCCCGGUCUUGACGGCGUCUGCAGCACCAUGUCCAAGGGCUGGAGCUACGAGGGCCAGACCGGCCACGCUGAGAUCCUCACUUCCGACAACUACUCCAAGAUCGGAUGCAAGAACUACGAGGGUAUCUGGUGCUGCGAUCUUGCA